AUGGCGGACCCGACCGACAUCGUAGCGGGCUUCUCCAUCUGGGCUGUGCCUGGACAGCCAGCAGCACAGGAGCUCGAAGACGUUAUCGAGACGUACGCGGAUCGACUGCAGAUGCCGCCCUUCCUACCGCAUAUGACGGUGCUUUCUGGUGUGAAGGGUCUGUCCGCAGAGGAGGUGACGGUGAAGCUAUCUGAGCUCGCGGACUCAAUGCAAGUGCUGGAUGUUGAGAUUCAAACAGUGACGUUCAAGGACGAGCUCUACUUCCAGUGCGUCUUCGGGCUGUUGAAACUCACGAGUGAGCUUCUUCGGGCACAUGGAUGCGCGAAGGAGAUCUACGCAACCGAGAGGAAGGAGGAUUUCAUGCCCCACGUGAGUUUCAUCUAUGGCGAUCUAGCUGGCGAGACGCGUGCCGAUCUAGCGAAAGAAUUACAGCCACAACUGGAUGGCCGGCGCCUCAAGAUGGAGAAGCUGCAAGUGUGGCGCACUGUUGGUCCCGUUGAGAUGUGGGAGUUGGUGGCUGAGCAACCGCUGCGCUCAUAA